AUGAAGAUCGGCGGCGACGGCGGCGGCGGCGGCGGAGGAAGACGGCGUAGGAAGGCCGGAAGGGAGUGGGGGUUUAUCUUCUGCUGGGAUGGAGGGAGGAGAAAGGAGAUCAGUUUGGCUUUUUCGGUUACUGGUCUUACUGGAAAUUGGCAGGUUGAAUUGGACUGGUUGAUGACAGUUCGGUUAAAUGAAAGAUCUUCAGACACUUCCAUUCUCACUAAAGUCUCUGUGGAAUGCUCAAGGAGAGCCAGAGAUGAGAACUUGCAUUCUCAAAGACGUUUCUUCAUGAACAAACUACUUCAGGGCUACUUUGCUUUUUUUGUAGUUGGAAGUUCUUUAACGAGAAAGCAGUCCAGCAGUGGUGGUUCACCUGCUGAAGAAGCAAACAGCAUGAAGCACACAGCUUCCCUUUUAAAUCCCAUCUCCACAUCCAACUCGCAGACAAAAAGGGGAGCCAAAAGGCGAGCACUGAAGAGAAUGGCUGUGUAUCAUUUGGUCGUCCUUGUGUCUCUCUUUAUGAUCCCUAGAUCGGAGUCGGCCGCCUAUGCUUUCAACCGCACCGAUUUGCAAGUGGCGGUCAAUGACAUGAGAUCGAGAUCCUUCUUCGGUUUUGCCAUCCUGCUUCAGAUGCUGAACGGCACAUCAGAGCCGAACAGGGACUUGACUUUCCUGAUACCCACAGAUCCUGAAUUAUCGGGGUUGUCGAUCUCAGUCAACCGUCUCGAAGAGUUUAUUCUCAGGCUUUCCUGAAUCCUUCGGCGAGCUCGCAUUUUCCUACCGGAACACUCUGUCCCGUCGGGGUAUAGGGACCGGCUGGUCAGGAUCCACAACGGUGGGAGAUUGAGCUUCUUCGUCGACAAUGCUCGGGUCAUCACGCCAAACGUGUGCUCCAACUCUGUGAUCAAGUGCCACGGGAUUGACGCGGUGAUCGAGUUCAAGCGUCAUGUUCCGAGAAACGGAAAGGUUAAGCAAAGGCCAUCAAAUUCGACUGCGCCUCCGCCGGUGGAAGCCCCGAGUCCUAUUUGAACAGUUUCGCCUUCGGUUUCUGUUCCUUACUAACAGAUCCGCUUCAUACACGGAUGACCUUGUUUGUGUGGGAGUGUG